AGAAAUUAGAGAUGGAAAACCCAGCGCGGAGGGGCCCGGCGCGCCGCCCCCCCUUCCUUCCCUGCAUCACUUUCCGAACAUUUCAGACCUGAUUUCUGCAUCGCCACCGCCGCACCGGCUGCUCGGGGCCGCCGGCUAAAAAUAAAGGGAUGCGGGAAACGGGAGGGACUGCUGCAGCCAUGCAAGGGGAAGGAUGCACCGACAGUCACCAGCAGAGCCACAGCAGUUACUUAUCCACCUAAAGCAAGAGAAGACGGUGCUUCCAUGAACUGAGGAGCACAGCCUGCAGGGAAGAGCCGUGUGUGGGACACAAACACAGGGAGAGGAGCUGCUGCUGCAGAUCGGGCGCGCUUCUGGAGGGGGAAACACCGCUUGGGUUUGGUGUCUAAUUAGAUAUUUACCAGGAAGGAAGGGGAGUUAAAAAUAGGGUGACAGUGACUUCAAAGGCUGGUUUUGACUUCUAAGAAUAACACCUUUGCUAGCACCGAUUGCAGGAACAUCAGCUGGUGUGAAAGACACAGGAGAUGCUGCAGCUCCGUCUGUAGCCAAGGCAUCAAAUCCAGACCUCCAGACCCUGGCCUGGCCUCAUAGAAGCAUCCAAGGAGGAGACGUGUGCAUCCCUGCACCUGUGGGGCAACUGCAUCCACAGGGACACAGCAGAGGGACUUAGGGGAAGACAAAGCCACCGGUGCCCCAGGUGAUGUUUGGCACCAUGGGCACCCCAUGGGCAGUGCUGGUGCUGGCUGUGGCACUGAUGGGACUCUGGGCUCCCUGUGCCACAUACAAGCAGCCCAACUUCAUCGUCAUCCUGGCAGAUGAUGUGGGCUGGGGGGAUCUGGGGGCCAACUGGGCAGAGACGAAGGAGACCCCGCAUUUGGAUGAGUUGGCUGCUGAAGGGACAAGGUUCGUGGAUUUCCACUCGUCUGCAUCCACGUGCUCCCCAUCCCGCGCCUCGCUGCUCACUGGACGCCUUGGCGCACGCAAUGGAGUGACCCACAACUUCGCUGUCACGUCAGUUGGUGGCCUCCCCCUGAAUGAGACCACCCUGGCCGAGGUCCUGCAGGGGGCCGGGUACAGCACGGGGGCCAUAGGCAAAUGGCACCUGGGACACCACGGCCGCCAUCACCCCAGCUUCCGCGGCUUUGAUUACUACUUCGGGAUCCCCUAUAGCCACGACAUGGGCUGCACAGACACCCCUGGCUACAACCGCCCGCCCUGCCCGCCCUGCCCGCAGCACGGCUCCAUUGCCAGGGUGGCAAGGAAGGAUUGUUACAUGGAGGUCGCCCUUCCUCUCUUUGAGAACACCACCAUCAUCCAGCAGCCUGUCAACCUCAGCAGCCUGGCACAGCGCUACGCGGAGGAGGCCACACGGUUCAUCCAUAGGGCAAGUGACAGCGGACGCCCCUUCUUCCUCUACCUGGCACUAGCCCAUAUGCAUGUCCCUUUGGGGGUCCCCCCUUCGCCCUUUGCCUCGGGCAUCUACGGAGCCUCCCUGAGCGAGAUGGAUGCUCUGGUGGGACGGAUAAAGCGGGUCGCUGACAGCCAUGGGAAGGGGAACACACUCCUGUGGUUCACAGGUGACAAUGGCCCUUGGGCACAGAAGUGUGAGCUGGCUGGACGCCUGGGGCCAUUCAUAGGGGCCUGGCAACAGCAGAGAGGUGGGAGCUCAGCAAAGCAAACAACCUGGGAAGGAGGGCACCGCGUCCCAGCACUGGUGUAUUGGCCUGGCCACGUCCCUGCCAAGCGGACGAGCCGUGCCCUGCUCAGCGCUCUGGACAUCUUCCCCACGCUGGUGGCUCUGGCUGGGGCGGCCCUUCCCCCGGACAGGCGCUUUGAUGGCUUGGAUGUGUCUCCGGUGCUCUUUGGGUGGUCGGAUGUGGGGCACAAGGUUCUGCUCCAUCCCAACAGCGGGGCAGGUGGGAAGGAUGGUGGGAUAGAGGCACUGCGGCUGGCUCAGUACAAGGCCUUUUACACCACAGGAGGAGCAAUGGCUUGCGAUGGGAGCAUUGGGCCGGCUGAGCAUCACCAGCCACCCCUCAUUUUCAAUCUGGAUCAUGAUAUCCAGGAGCAGGAGCCUUUGGACGUGGCAUCCAGAGAGUACGAGGAGGUGCUGCCUGCCAUCAGCAGGGCUUACACCCAGGCUCUGGAGGACAUUGCAACCGACAACGUCUCCGUUGCAGAUUACUCCAAAGACCCCGCUGUGAGUCCGUGCUGUGACCCGCAGCACGUGGCCUGUCGGUGCCACGCACCCGGAGCUCACACAGCCGUGCUGGACCAUGGCAUGGAGAGAACAACGCGACUGGUGUGUCUCUGAGUGAGUGAGUGCUCCGGGUGCUCCUUUCCUGAGCCUGGUUUCUGUGAUCAGGAAUGUCAUGGCUCCAGGCUGGAGGUUGGCCACUGAGAGGGAUGAGGCUGCGGUCCCCUUUGCUCCAUGCGAUGAAGCAGGGAGGUGAGUUGUGGCUCUGUGUGAGCACACAGAGCAGCCCUCUCACCCCAUGGGAUAGGGCACUGCUGUACCUGGUGGCUCUGGGCAUAUGGACAGAGAUAGGCUUUUUUGUGAGGCUCUUUAGCUGAGGAAGAGCCAGGUCUUGGAUUAGAACUCCCUUCUGGGAGAGCUGGCUUUAGGACAGAAUUCCUCUGGGAAAUGCACUUGGCUUUCCUCCAGAAUGGACCUUACAGGACCUUACUGGUGGGAGCACAACGUUCUCUCCCUUAUGGUGCUGAGACCCUCAAGUCCAUUGGCUUAAGAGAGAAAAUUCCUGGCAGGCACAAGGCAUGCUCUAGGAAACAGCACCUACCCCAAGUGAGGUUCAUUAAUGCGGGUAUCUUAAAGACCCAAGUGUAACAAAGAGAGGGUCCUGGGCUCCCCUUAGUGCCACCCUCCUCAUGGGCAAUGCCAGGGGUGCAGGUGGGGGAAGCAGCUCUUACAGGGCCAUUCUGGGCAGAUGCAAAGGCAACCUCAAAGGUGCAGCUGAAACCUAAGAACCCACUGGGACUGCCCAGCAGCUGAGAGAGGGUUUUCGGCAGCAAUUUUUGGCUCUGAUUUACAUACCCAGAUCUCUCUUUGGACAAGCCAUGGACUGGUGUGGACUGGGCUUGGUGCAGGAGCUGCAUCAAUCACCAGCCCCCCAAACCCACUCACAGCAUUAAUCAAGACUGACAUCUUUAGGGCCCCACAAAGAACA